UUUAUUUUCGAUAAUAUUAGCGUGUACGAAGUUUACACCGCUGUCUUUGUAAGCUACUUUUAAACCCUGUGAUCACUCUUUAGUUGUUCAACAUUUAACGAUAUUAUUCGUUACCUGGCAACGUUGAAUUUCCAAGUGGAGAUGGAUUAGCAGCUAAAUCUGACAAACGCUUUGAAAAAGUGACUUUAUAAGAUAACUAAUGUUUCAAAGACUAAAUAUGGCUGUAAAUAACACAGAGUCUGUUCUGAAAGAGUGGGAACUGAAACACUACCUGCCACAACUGUGUAAGGGCAUAUUGACAGCUUCAUGUCUGUCAUGUCCCAGUGACCCAAUACAGUUUCUGAAAGACACUCUGCUGGCCUUCCAGGGAAAUGAUAAUCUUCAGACUGCUGACUGGUACAAGCUUGUUGCCAAUCCCAAACAGCACACUGCAGCAUCUCUGACACGUCAGACAACGGACACACUCUAUAUGGGCCCAGGUGACAACAUGGUGGACCUUUGUCUUUUGGAAAAGGCUUCAUCUCUUUACAGGAAAAGUUUAACAAGCUCUUGCUUCAGAUGCCAUCAAGAAACUUGAGACUCUUGUGAACGCCUGGCGGCUCAGGCGCAUCGUAGUCACAUGGCGUCAAGCUACAAAGGACACAAAGACGGCAAAAGAGCACUUGAAGCAGAGAUUGGAAAUGCAUUUUACUGAAGUUGGCCACAAGGACCACCAGGCUGGAGAAAGACAUGAUGGACUCUCAGUGCUUCCCACCAGCCUCUCACUGAAGAUCUUUCAGUAUUUAGAAUUGCGAGACCGGCUAAAUUGCGCUGCAGUAUGUUGCACGUGGAAAUCUAUCAUCCAGUCAGGUACACUGUGGAGUCAGAUCAACUUCUCUGCAGGUAAAGACUGGAUAACAGACGGUACAGUGAAGCACAUUCUGCAGAGCUACCAACCAUUUGUGACCCAUCUCAACCUACGUGGCUGCACAUCCCUGAAAUGGCCCAGUCUCAGAUGUAUCAGUACAUGCAGAAACCUCCAGGAGCUCAAUGUGUCAGAGUGCUUUAAUGUCACAGAUAUGUUGGUUCAGAAGAUAGUUGAGGGCUGUCCCUGCCUGCUCUACUUGAACCUAUCUUACACGCUUGUAACAAACAAAACUCUACGAGAACUAUCCAGGAGCUGCCUCAGCCUCCAGUACCUGAGUUUGGCAUACUGCUACAAAUUUACAGAUAAAGGCUUUCUGUACCUGACCACAGGGAAGGGCUGGCGCAAUCUCAUCCACCUCGACCUGUCCGGCUGUACCCAGAUGACAGUAAACGGGUUCAGAUACAUCGCUGACGGAUGCCCUGCACUCAAAGAAAUCGUGAUCAAUGACAUGCCAACGCUGUCUGAUAGCUGUAUCUUGGCUCUGCUUGCCAAAUGUCACUGUCUGUCUGCCAUUUCUCUGUUGGAUGCUCCUCAUCUUUCCGACGUUGCUUUCAAAGCCAUUGCUGAAACGGCCAAACUGAAGACUUUUAGUACAGAGGGCAACAACCAGCUAACAGACGUCAGCUGGAAGGCUCUGUGCAGCAGCUCACAGGGCCUCCGCAGACUCCACGCUGCAGAAUGUCCCAGAAUGACCGACGUCGGCCUCAGAUCUGUGGCCUCUCUCAAAAACCUGCAGUACCUGGAUAUCUCAUUUUGCAGCAGGGUGAGCGAUGUUGGGAUUCUGUAUUUGACCGAAGGCUCCUCAGCCAGUAAACUGAAAGAGCUAAAUGUCAGUCACUGCAGUCACAUCACUGAUACCUCUGUCAUGAGCAUUGCACAAAGGUUGUGUAAACUGUACCAUCUCGAUGUGAGUUACUGCGGGAGGCUGACUAACUCGGCCGUGGAGUGGCUGAGUGGCAGCUCUAUCUACUCUCUUGACAUCUCCGGUUGCAACAUCCAGGAUCAGGGAAUGGCUACUCUGGAGGGAAUCCGCUUGAAGAAGCUGGUUCUUGCUGAGUGCGUCUGCGUCACAGACGCUGGCAUAGAGAAGCUGUGUAAGAAUGUGAGAGACCUGGAGCAUGUAGAUGUUUCUCACUGUGCAGCUCUGACCGACGCUGCCGUCAGAAGCUUUGCAUUUUACUGCAGAGGUUUAGUCACGCUGCGGAUGUCAGAUUGUCCUAAGAUGACUGAUAUGGCAGUGCAGUAUCUGACAAGUGGAUCUCAGUACCUGCGAGAGCUUGACGUGAGUGGCUGCAUACUCCUCACAGAUCGCUCAGUUCGACACUUGGAAAGGAUUUGUCCUCCACUCUGCUCCAUCAUGAUGGCCUGCUGCAUUGGCAUCUCCAGGGCGGCUGCCUUAAAGCUGCAGUCACGUGUAGCAUACUGGGAGCACAGCAAUGAUGACCCCACAUGCUGGUUUGGCCAAAUAGUGCAUCCAGUCAUAAAACCCAUCAGGACCAAUGACACUUUGGAAAUAACGGAGCAGCACUCAGUGAUGACAACCACAGCAAGUACAUAAAGGACAUAAACAGCAGAGACAUUAUAUAAGAGAUAAUCCUCACAAAUACCAAUCACAUGGCCAAAGUCCCAAAUCGAUGGAUUAAGUCUCACCUGUCUGUGUUUUCUGUUCUGUACCCGUCAGGACAGAGGCCCAGACACAGUGAUAUAGAGGCGCCUGAAAUCUUGCUGUCAGAUCCUGACAGUGGAAUUUCCUGUGCUGUCCUGUCUUCCUUUUGAUCACACAGCUCAUGUGCUGUUUCUACGUGAAUGCUAACACAUUGUAAAAGUGGAAGAAUUCUUUUAUAAGUGAAUUCAAAUUCAAAUAGUUUUCCUUUUCUCUUUUCUCUUCUCAUUUAUAAUGGUGAUAUGGCAUUUUUUUUUCCUCUCUGGAAUACAGUGUACUGGAUUUAUAUUCAUAGUUUUCCACGUUUUGUAGUCAGUCAUCAAAAGGCUGCAACUGCUAAACUGUGAGUCUGUUUUAAACUCUGAAACAACUAAGUGAAUGUAGUAUAAACAUGUUUAGCUCUCUCCACUGGAGUUUUGUUGUAGCUGUAUGGAUAUCAGUGUUCCGUCCCUCGUUAAAAGAAAUUGUUCUAAUUAAUAUCACCAGAUGGUGUUUACCACCAACAAGUAAUUAUCACAAGUGAAAACCAUAUGUGAAUGCAAAAACUGGCUGGCAUCUUUAGGAGUACACGACCAUCACUGAUAUUUACUUAGAGCUUUAUGCUGCCAUUACAGAAAUUGAAUCACCUACAAAUUACAUUAGAAUUUGAGCUCGCUGGUGUUGCGUAACCACUUCAACAGCUUGAGUUUUGAUUGGAAUUGUUUCCUUUUCUAAAUUUUGUGAUACUUUAUGGACUAUCUGUGCGCUUAAGUGUUCUUAAUUUUUAAGACUGAACAAGCAUUUAAGGUGUUAGUUCUUGUUUUGUUGGAUUUAAAAGCUGUAUUUGACACAGUGGAUCACAGAUUACUGCUGAACAGGUUGGAAACUUGGACAGGACUCAAAGGAACAGUCCUAGAUUUGUUUUGUGACCAUUGGAAGUUAUGAAUCCGAUCGAGUGGCUAUGACAUGUGGAGUACCUCAUGGGUCUGUACUCGGACUGUAUGUUUUAAUUCUUGGGAUUGUUUUUGUUUCUGUGUAAAGCACACUGAGCUACUCCUGUGUGUGAAAUACUUUAGAUAUGCCUUCCCUUGCCUUAAUCAAAACAAAUACACAGGAAGAUACCACUAGUUUCAUUUGCAUGGGACGCAAUACAAAUACUCAGACUAAUUGCCCAGUCGGUGAAAAAAAUGCUUAAUUUAACCCCCCCCAUCAGAAAAGAUCACGUGUAUUCAAAAUACGUUUUCAGCGAGACUGAAAGUGGUGGUGUGAACCUUUUGAUGAUUCAUUCAGUGGGAAAAUAUUACUCUAAUAACCACACAAUAAUGCUUGAUCCAAUCAUUUUGGUUUGGAUGAAUACAUUCUUUCUGCUCACUCUUUCCAUUAUAUUCUAUCACUUAGAAUACGGUAACUCCGUGAGAACAACUCUCUCCUGC